UCUCAACCUUGGCGCGCUCCUUGAAUAGUGACUUGUUUUAGCUCGUCCCCAUCCAUCUCGACAAAAUCCACAUUCACAACUAUCCACUAGGAGCUUUCAACUCCUCAUUCAACGUUUCUGCAACAAUUUUGCUGCAGAAAAUAUCACUGCUUACUUCAUCACCACUAUUACGCUCCAAACGGACAACUGUGUGCUCAGAUUGCUGUAUCUGCAGCAAAAUAUAUCUCACCAACAUCUACGUCCAGGACUUGGUAGUUGUUGAACUUCGACAGAGUCGCAGGAACAGACAAUUGAAGAUGUCAAACGUGAUACGAUAUGAAAUGUCUCUAAUUAUUAAGGCUCUUGGUACCCCUGGUAUAAAAGUAGCUCUGAAAAGACAUCUGAAAGGUAUGCUUGAAAAUGGUGCUCACUUAUUCCACGUUGAAAAUCUCGGUCUGCGACGACUACCAAAUGUUUUCCAUGUUCAAGGCGAAAGGCAAUAUGAAGGCCACUAUUUCCUCAUUAAUUUCAAUGCACCAUAUGAUUCCAUCACGCAGAUGAAGAAAAUAGCAAACAAAGACUCCGAUAUCAUAAAAUGUUUUGCCAGCCUUAAAGAGGAUGGUUGGGUCCCACCGUGUUCACUACCUGAUGCCGUUCAGUGUGAGUUCGGUGAAAUCCGGAAUCCGAAUUACGAGAAAACCGCCAGAAGACGACAUGGUUAUCGAACGUACUGAACAAUAUAAAAAUGAUUUGUAAAUAAUAAACUGAAUUUAGUUAAUAUAUAGUUGGAUGCUCUUG